GCUGCUGCUCAUCUCUGGAGUCCAGCCUGAGUCAGCAGGCAGGAAUCAGGAAGUGUGAUCUAACGCUGGCACAGGAGCAGAGAUGGCAGCAUCCGGAACACGGUCCGAGCUGAGGCUGGUGGUUCUGGGCCCGAUCAAGCCGGGCAACAGAACCGCAGUCUGCUCCAUCCUGGGCCUGGAAGAGAGCCGGCGGGACGCCGAGGCUCAGGAAUGUACCAAACACAGAGGAGAAGCUGCUGGCAGGCAGGUCGUCGUGGUCUCCAGUCCAGCCUGGUACGACUCCGCCUGCAGCCCAGACGAGCGCAGGACCCACAUUUCCUCCCUCAUCGCCUCAUCCAGCCCUGGGCCCCACGCCUUCCUGCUCUGCGUCCCGGUGAACGAGCCCGCUCGCGAUGAGUCGAUGGCGCUGGACGCCCUGGCGAAGCUGUUCGGCCCCGCCGCCGUCAGCGGACGCACCGUCGUCCUCUUCACGCACACGGAGGAGCUGGGAGAGGACGAGACCCUGGAGCAGUACGUCGUCACGUGGCGCAAAGACCUCCGGCAGCUGGUGGAGAGGUGCGGCGACCGCUACCACACGCUGGAGAGCGGCGGCGGAGCGGCGGAGGAGGGCCGGGCCGUGGAGGAGCUGCUGGAGAAGGUGGAGGAGGCGGUGAAGGAGAGCGGAGGCAAACACCUGAGCUGCCCUCUGUACCGGGAGGCCGAGGAGCGGGUGAGGCAGCGGCAGACGGAGAUCGUCCGGCAGCGGAGCGCCAACUCUUCGGCUUCAAACUCGCAGCAGGAAGUGAUGGAGGAAGAAAUGGAAGCGGUCAGAGACGAGGCGGAGAGGAGCACCGGCGACUUCGAUUUGAAUCUGGAGGAUAUUUUCCCCUCUGAUGAUAAGAGCGUCUCGCCCUCCUCUGCCCCUCCGUCGCUUCUGCAGGGCCUAUGGGUGAAGCUGGUGGACUGGGUCAGGUGGCUGUCCAGUCUGGUGAGGGUGGAGGCUCUGUUCGGAUCCCUGGUGGGCCUGUUCGUUGGGGGGGCCAUGGGCGGCACGGUGGGGGCCACUGUGGGGUCUGUGGCUACCGAAGUGAGCAGAAGGAAAACGGAAAAAACUAAAUGAGGGGCCAAUAUUAAAACAAAUAUGCAAAUUCACUGCUAACAGAGCUACACAUAGCUGAACUGCAAAAACACAAAAUCUGACUUGAAAUAAAACAAAACUAACUUACAAGUAACUUUGUAUCAAGAUAUAAAAGUUUGUUUUAAGUCAAUAAUUUCUUAAAGGUGAUGAACAGUUCUAGUUCCACUCGCACAUUAUGUCACUUAUAACACGGGAAAAUUGUCUUAUUAGUGAAAUAAUCUGCCAGUGGAGCUAGUCCUGUUCAACAAUAUUAAAAAAACUAUUGGCUUAAAACAAACCGCAUCUUGCCGAAAAUGUAAUUUAGUCUUGUCUUAUUUCAAGCGUAUUAAGAUAUUUGGACUAGAAACUAAACCAGAAAUACUUUUUAGAUUGAGUGUUUUUGCUGUUUAGUUAUUUGCAGCUCUGUGUUGCUCAACUAUGCGCUUACUGGGCAACACGUGUUAAAAGACUCAGCUUCACAGGGACGCUCGAAAAGGGGUUUCUGCAUAAAUAGGAUCUAAAAUCUGGUUUCACAUCAGAUUAUGGUUGGAGGUGUCAUGGUUUGGGUUUGGUGGCCUUUAUUAAUUAGUACUUGGACAAACGAGUAGCUUGGGACUGGGAAUCCUUAACACGACUGUGUUAAGGAUUGUAGCUGCAAAUCAUAAAAAGUCUCUAAAUCUGGAGACUCGACUCACUAGAACAGCCAAUUUUCCAUCUUGAUGACAGAUCAGUAGGAAGUGGGGAGCAUCGACCAGCCAGAACGUCCUUAAUUGUGGGUGGUCGGUAGCGGUGCACUGAUCGCAGUUUUCUGACUUAUCACCGACCUUUUUCGCAACGUGACGAUGUGGAAAAGUUCCGGAGGUCUGAAUAGUUUCUAUGAGGCGCCAUGUGCAUCAAUAUCUUCAGAGAAUAAGUGAACCAAGUGUCAUCACUCUGCGUUAUUUAUAACUCAGCUACUUUUGUGGAGAUGCGAUAAGAUAUUAGUUCAUAUUUAAGAAAUAUUUUAGCAUGUUUUAACCCCGAUCACUGUUAACCUACCGAACAAUUUAGCUUUAAACACAUCCUACUGCAGUUUAUUGUUUAAAAUAACGUCUUUGUUUCGAUUGCUUGAUUAACUUACUCCGUAUUAAACCUGGAAAAAUCCUCAUUUCCAUCUGUAGAGCUACAUUUCUCUUGGGGGUUUUGUCACUAUGACCCAAACCCCUCCGAAACACGCAUCCUAACUUUAUUUCUGUAAAUACUGACCAUCAUAAAUCAAAUUUAAACAGAAGAUAUCUAGAAAGAGAACGUCUUCUCCUGGUACAUUCCCAGCUACUGAAACGUGUUUUUGAAGCAUGCAGCAGUUCGUUUCUGCUCAGGAUGUUGAGCAUUUAUUAAAGAUGUCACUUCAUGUUUGCAGCUAAGCGCAGACGGGAUAAUAUUUGCUGUUUUGCCGUUAAUUUAGGAAUAAUAAAUACACACAGUAAAACUCUGCUGGACAAAAAGAUCACAUACUUGAAGUUAUUUUUGGCUAUAAUUUUCCUCAACUGCUGUGCCUUAAACUGCUUUGUUUACUUGAGAAAAGUAUUCACGCCCCUGUGUUAUUAUUCUGACAUUACUGCCUCAACUCUGAGUAGGUGUCAAUAUUCCUUUAACUUAUUCAAAGUGGAAAGAGUAUAGAAAAUGUUUUACAUGCUUUUGUGUUAAGCUCCCCUAGGUUGCUCCCUAGUUGAACUUUAACUAGACCGGUCUAACACAAGGAAACCAUUCCACUCUAGCUCUGGCAGACACCAUCAUUUUUCCUCUUUAUAGUCGGGAAAAAGUCACUAAUUAUAGCGAGAAAGUGGCAAUGGUGCAUCACUCUGCAAUGGUUAGACAGUGGUUGAAGCAUGAAAAAAGUUCAAAGUAAAUGAAAGCUUCGUAAUCGACGGCACAUUGGCGCUAGAAAGAGGGGGAAAGUAGUAAAUCUUCGGCAAAAGAUUUUUAAAAUUGGCCUCAGAAAUUAUAUAGAAAAAUUGACACAGCUGACAUGUUGAAAAUGUUUGACAUUUGGAGCUCAGAAAUGUCCACGUUUUUUUUUUUUGUUUUUUUUAAAGAAAGUUCUCAGAUUAUUCUCCAAAUUUCUGAAUUUUCUGGCGGAAAUUGACUCCAUUCUUGUAUCUACAGUGGGUCCAACACGCCGUCGUGCUGCUUACUGCACAUUGAAACUGACGCCUUCAUUAGGUGAUACCAAGAAUUAGCCACAAGAUGGCGGCGUUGAUCUUUACGCGCGAGUUCACUGUGAUCGUUUACUGCUUACCAAGCAAAUAAAAAGCUGCUGUUUUAACAACUCUU